AUGGACGCGAUCAAGCAGACCUUUGCCAAGUGCAAGGAGCAAAAGCGGGCGGCCCUGGUGGCCUACAUUACCGCCGGAUACCCGACUGUGGAGGAAGCCGUUGACAUCCUUCUUGGCCUAGAGAAUGGCGGUGCUGAUAUCAUCGAGCUUGGAAUUCCCUUCACCGACCCUAUUGCCGACGGUCCUACUAUCCAAAAAGCCAACACCAAGGCUCUCGAGAAUGGCGUUACUGUCACAACGGUGCUGCAGCUUGUGCGCACUGCCCGAAGCCGCGGUCUGAAGACCCCGCUGCUUCUGAUGGGCUACUACAACCCCGUGCUGCGUUACGGAGAGGAGCGAAUGCUUAAGGACUGCAAGGAGGCUGGUGUCAACGGCUUCAUCAUGGUCGAUCUGCCCCCGGAGGAAGCCGUCCGCUUCCGCGACCUUUGCUCCAGCACUGGCCUGUCCUAUGUUCCCCUCAUUGCUCCCGCCACAUCCGAUUCUCGUAUGAAGCUCCUCUGCAAGAUUGCUGACUCCUUCAUUUACGUCGUUUCUCGCAUGGGUGUCACCGGUGCCACCGGCUCGCUUAGCGCCAACCUGCCCGAGCUUUUGAAGCGUGUCCAUGAAUACUCCGGCAACGUCCCGGCCGCCCUGGGAUUCGGUGUUAGCACCCGCGAGCACUUUUUGACUGUCCAGGACCAGGCCGAGGGUGUCGUCAUUGGUAGUCAGAUCAUCACUCAGGUCGGCAAGGCCCCUGCUGGCCAGGCGGCUAAGUACGCUGAGGAGUAUCUCUCCAGCGUCACUGGCCGUAAGCUCGAGCGUGACGCUCAGGGUAGUCUCACCCAUGAGAUUAAUGUUCUGGAGGCUAUCGAGAAGGCUCAGGCCCCUGUCGAGGCGCACCCCACUAAGGUUAUCACCGAUGCUGACACCCCCGCUGGCCCUGGUCUCGGCGACCAGCUUGAGGCUCUGAAUGUGACCAAGGAUCCAUCUGCCCAGCCUUCCCGCUUCGGCGAGUUCGGUGGUCAGUAUGUCCCCGAGUCCCUAAUGGACUGCUUGGCCGAGCUUGAGCGUGGAUUCGCCGAUGCUUGCAAGGACCCCAAGUUUUGGGAAGAGUUCCGUUCCUACUACCCUUACAUGGGCCGCCCCAGCAGCCUUCAUCUUGCCCAGCGUUUGACUGACCACGUCGGUGGUGCCAACAUCUGGUUGAAGCGUGAGGAUCUCAACCACACCGGCAGCCACAAGAUCAACAAUGCCCUCGGUCAGAUCCUGAUUGCCCGUCGAUUGGGCAAGACUCAAAUCAUUGCUGAGACCGGUGCUGGCCAGCACGGUGUUGCGACUGCCACUGUCUGCGCCAAGUUUGGCAUGAAGUGCACUGUCUACAUGGGCGCUGAGGAUGUGCGUCGCCAGGCCCUCAACGUGUUCCGCAUGAAGCUUCUCGGUGCCUCGGUUGUUGCUGUCGACGCUGGUAGUCGCACUCUGCGUGAUGCCGUCAACGAGGCUCUUCGUGCUUGGGUUGUCGAGCUCGACACUACCCACUACAUCAUUGGUUCGGCUAUCGGCCCUCACCCCUUCCCUACCAUUGUGCGCACCUUCCAGUCCGUCAUUGGUGACGAGACCAAGGUACAGAUGCAGGAGCUCCUCGGCAAGCUUCCCGACGCCGUCGUUGCCUGUGUUGGUGGUGGCAGCAACGCUGUCGGUAUGUUCUACCCUUUCUCUAAGGACCUUAGCGUCAAGCUUGUCGGUGUUGAGGCCGGUGGUGACGGCAUUGACACUGCCCGCCAUUCUGCUACCCUCUCUGGUGGUUCCAAGGGUGUUCUCCACGGUGUUCGCACCUACGUUCUGCAGAACGAGCACGGUCAGAUAUCCGAGACCCACUCCAUCUCCGCCGGUCUUGACUACCCCGGUGUCGGUCCCGAGCUGAGUGCUUGGAAGGAUGCUGACCGCGCCACCUUCAUUGCUGCCGACGACGCUCAGGCCAUGAGCGGCUUCCGCGCCCUCGCCCAGCACGAGGGUAUCAUUCCCGCGCUGGAAUCGUCCCACGCCGUUUAUGGCGCCAUGCAGCUGGCCAGGACCAUGGGGAAGGGGCAGGACAUCGUGCUGAACCUCAGCGGUCGUGGUGACAAGGACGUCCAGAGCGUCGCCGACGAGCUGCCUCGGCUGGGUCCGAAGAUCGGCUGGGAUCUGCGGUUCUAA